CUCAUCUCUCUAAAUUGGUCUGAGACAUAAACAAGGGGACCAUAGAAUAACCGAUCUCUUCCUUCAUAUCUUCUUCUUCACAUUUCAAUUCUCUUUCACGUUCCAUGUUCAACGCUUCAUAUACCAGUAACACUUAUGACACUACGUAUAUCUUAAUCAUACCCCCAAUAACCUAAUAACUAACACAACAAAUUUUUGUUUUUGUUUUUGUUUUGUCCUAAAUAGUGUUUUUUGUAUUGUGUUUGUUGGGUUAUUGGGGUGUGUUUUUAUUAGUUUUAUUUGAUUUAUUUAAGGUAACACUAACAGCAACACCCUUUAACGUUAAGAUUGGGUGUUGUGUCAAAAUCGAACCCAGAUGAUGCAGAUGCAGACUCUGGGUCGUUUUUGUUUGUUGAUUUUUCUACAUCACUCUGUUCUUGGCAUUUACCACAAAUUUCUUCGUUUUUCUCUUCGUUUUUUUCUCUUCAUGGAUUUUCCUUCUACUUUCAAUUUCCUCACACAAGCUAGUGAACUUGGUUGUGGUAUUGUUCUCCUUGGUUACUUCUCUCGUAUUUUUAAUCUCAUUGGUCUUGUUUUGAUUUUCGGUAUCUGUUUUAAGAUUCUUCGAUUUUCUGAUACACCCAGAUUGAGAAAACCACAAAAGGUUGUUAAUUUGGAUACCCAAUUGAAAUCUAAUGUGAAAUAUGAUGAUGGGUUGGUGGGAUUGGAUAUGAAAGAUAUGGAUGGUGGUUUGGAAGAUGAGGUGUUUGAUGUAAUGUCGCUUAGGAAAUUGGUGAAAAUGGAGAGGGAGAGGUAUGUUGCUGCGUGUGCUGAGAUCGAGAAAGAACGUGUAGCGGCUUCUAGUGCUGCAGAGGAGGCAAUGGCAAUGAUUUUGAGGCUGCAGAAUGAGAAGAGUUCGGUUGAGAUUGAAGCGAAUCAGUUUCGGAGGAUGGUGGAGGAGAGACAAGAGUAUGAUCACGAAGUGAUUGAAUCGUUGAGGUGGGAUGUUGUGCAGCUCGAGUCUCAGAAGACCUUUUUGGAGGAAGAGUUGGGGAUUUUUAAGGAGAAACUGAGGGAGUUUAUGAGGGAUGAUGAAAUUGAGUUAAUUGAAGGUGCUGAUUUUGCUAGGGAGUUUUGUAAUUUCUCUGUUGAAUAUGAUCUAGAUGAUUCUUUAGAUGAUACUGCAUCACACUAAAUGGAAAUGUUCUCAUCUGUCUCAUAGUUGCUAAGUGGAAACUCCUUUUGCAUCAUUUUUCUUCUUACCAUUGUAAAUUGUAUUUAUCCCAUCAAUGAAUCUAAAUUAUCCAAUAAUUAUUGUGAUAUGAUAAGUUUGUAUCUUUUGUCGUAGUGGAAUGGAUUUCAAGUGAUCCAACUUUCAUGUUUAUGUUACUUUAGUUUUGUGAAUGAAUUUCAUGAAGCACUUGACAUUGCAAGCA